CCCUCCACCCCCGGAGAGGCUCACCUUCACGGCCAGACCCAUGGAAUAAUCACUAUGGAAUACCACUGGAUCCUGCUGUCUGUGUGUUUGCAGUUAACCUUCCAUCCAGGCCACACCAAGCCCACCAUCACCCCCGCCGGCCCCCACCUCGUCGCCACGCUCAACGCGCCCUUCGAGCUGCGUUGCCAGGGCGAUAAGGAGAUGCAGUGGCAGCGGGAGGACCGGCCGAAGGUGCGUGGAGAGAAGAGGGUGGCCGGGAUGUCCACGCUGCUCAUCCCCAGGGCCCAGCCCGUCCACAUGGGCCGCUACGUCUGCCUGGAGGAGCGCACCAAGGAGCAGACCUCCAUCUACGUCUACGUGAAAGAUCCCGACAACCCCUUCCGAAAAUCAAUGGUGUUCAACAUCCUCACCCGAGUGGGCGACAGCGCUUCCAUCCCAUGCCUGGCAACGGAUCCGAGUCUGGACCGCCUGCGCCUGGAAACCUGCUCCGGCGGACCUCCGGCCUCCGGCCUCCAGUUCACCGCCAGCCUGGAGCGCGGCGUCGUCAUCCGGAACACGCAAAAGGCGUUCGAGGGAUGCUACGUGUGCACGGGGAGGCUCGGCCGAGAGGGCGUCCGCUCGCACGACUACUACCUGACCGUGAGGCCAGUCCCCGUUGCUCCUCCCGUGAUCGAGAUGCAGGCGACCAAAAGAGUGAUUCUCACGCGGGAUGAGAGUCUCUCCCUCACAUGCAACACCACCAACGUCAACGCAGAGAUCAAGCUCAAGUGGGUUCCCCCUCCCGGCUCGGGUGCCGUCUGGUAUCCACAGCAACCAGCAAAGGUUGACGGCGCUUCGCGCAUCCUGACGGAGAACUUCAGUCACGCGCGCAGCGCCACGUUGCACAUCGCGGCCGUCGGCCACCAGGACGUCGGCCGGUACCAGUGCGAAGCCCAGAACGAGAAAGGGGUCAGCUCGCAGUCGGCGUGGCUCGACGUUUACGACAAAGGAUUCAUCCACUUGGAUCCCACGAUCAACGAAACCAUCCACGUGCGCUCGGGCGAGAGCCUGACCCUGACCGUGGACAUGGAGGCGUACCCGAAGCCGCGCACGUUCUCCUGGAGCAUCAUGGGCCGCGAGCUGAGGAACACCACGGACCACGUCAUCACCACGCACGGCCACGAGUACCGCUACAGCAGCGAGCUCCGGCUGGUGCGGCUGAAAAUGUCAGAGGGCGGAGUUUACACCUUCCAGGCCUCCAACGGCGACGCCUCCGUGAACCACACCUUCACCAUCUUCGUGAUCAGUAAACCGGAGAUCGUGUCUCACGAGGGUCCGGUUGACGGACAGGUGCGCUGCGUGGCCGAGGGGUUCCCCGCCCCCCAGAUCACCUGGUACUACUGCGAGCAGCCCUACGCCAGGUGCUCCCAACAGGUGAACGCCACCCAGGAGCAGCACAACGUCAUCACCGUCACGCUGUUCAGCCCCAUGUUCGGCAAGACGGAGGUGGAGAGCCGGGUGAACGUGAGCCGGGGUCGCUACAGCACUCUGGAGUGCGUGGCGACGGUGGAGGGAGAGCAGGCCUACACGCUGUUUUCUAUCAGCGAGAGAACCGUACCCCACGAUCUGUUCACCCCUCUGCUCAUCGGCUCCGUGUCAGCAGCAGCCAUCCUCUGCCUCGUCCUCGUCACGCUGUUCUACAAGUACAUGCAGAAACCCAAAUACCAGAUCCAGUGGAAAGUUAUCGAGGGCAUCCAUGGAAACAACUACGUGUACAUCGACCCCACCCAGCUGCCGUACGAUCACCAGUGGGAGUUUCCGCGAAACAACUUGCGUUUUGGGAAGACGCUGGGAUCCGGGGCUUUCGGGAAGGUGGUGGAGGCCACCGCGUACGGACUCUCCGAGGCGGAUUCGGUCACGACGGUGGCGGUGAAAAUGCUCAAAUCUAGCGCUCACGCCACGGAGAAAGAGGCACUGAUGUCGGAGCUGAAAGUCCUCAGUUACUUGGGAAACCACAUGAACAUCGUCAACCUGCUGGGAGCCUGCACUGUUGGAGGCCCCACCCUGGUGAUCACGGAGUACUGCUGCUUCGGUGACCUCCUCAACUUUCUGCGCAGGAAGAGGGAAUCCUUCAUCUGCUACAAGCUGGAGGAAGACUGCUACUACCGCAACGUCAUGCCGCAGAGCGACGCAGCUGGUAACAGCUUGAACGGCUACAUGACCAUGAGGCCUUCUGCUGCUGGCAAGCUGUCGUUCGGCUCAUCCUCCGAGAAGAGACGCUCACUACGCAAAGGUGGCUCCGAUGGAGAAGAUGCGGAGAGCGAGAUGUUCGACGAGGAUGGUCUGUCUCUUGACACCGAAGACCUCCUCAGCUUCUCACACCAAGUGGCCAAAGGCAUGGAGUUCUUGGCCGCCAAAAAUUGUAUCCACAGAGAUCUGGCUGCCAGAAAUAUCCUCCUGACUCAAGGACGAGUAGCAAAGAUCUGUGAUUUCGGCCUAGCCCGAGAUAUCAACACGGACUCCAACUAUGUCGUCAAAGGCAACGCUCGUCUGCCGGUGAAGUGGAUGUCUCCAGAAAGCAUCUUUGAGUGCGUGUACACGUUUGAGAGUGACGUGUGGUCCUACGGCAUCUUGCUUUGGGAAAUCUUCUCUCUCGGAAACAGUCCUUAUCCCGGCAUGGCUGUGGACGCCAAGUUCUACAAGCUGAUAAAAGAAGGAUCCAGAAUGGACGCUCCGGAGUUUGCGCCUAGCGAAAUGUAUCAGAUCAUGAGGUCCUGCUGGGACGCCGACCCCUCCAACAGACCGCCCUUCAGGAAGGUCGUGGAAAGGAUCGAGCAGCAGCUGACGGACGCCACGAAGCACAUCUAUCUGAACUUCAGCCCCAGGCUUCCUGCGACGCCCAGGACCGGGGAGGAGCCGAGUUCGCUUCACCGCCUCGACUCGGCCGGUAACACCGGCGCUCCUCCGACUGCGAGCCAGCCCUUACUGGUCCAGCACGAGGUCUUCCUGGAGGGGACGACCCUCAGAGCCCACCGGGUGUGAGGACCCCGCCCCCCCGACCAGUCCGGCUGCCUCAUAAAGUGCCUGUGACGUUCCGCCACGAAAACCAACCAUCGCGUCCCGCCCACCAGAACCCGGCGACAGCUGCGUAUUUGUUGUCACGCGUUGCAGACGAAGGGUAAUGUCCAUCUAUUACCCCUGAAACAACAAAAAGGACGAAUGGCUGCCGUUGUCAUCACUACUAUUGCGUGCUGAUUACGGGGGAGGACAGUUGGACUAAUGCUCCCCUGCUCGUAGCAAAGAACUGUUCAGGCACCCGGGGGUGAAACGGUGGAGGGACAUCGACCCGUCUAAAACUGUCGCAUCUGUGGUUGUUGUUGUUGUUGUUGUUUUUUUUGUCUGGUUACAUUUUUUCCUACACAUUUCAUAAAGGUCGUUCGGUUUCUUUCAAUUCAUUGGAAACAAUACAUUUUUUUUGUUUUGUAAUUCUUUGUUGUUUUUCCUGAUAUUUAUUUAGCGUUUGCUUUUUUUGGGGGUUCUUUUUCUUGUUCUUUGGCUGUUGCAAUUGUUGGAGGAAAAGCAGUCGAACUUCAUAUCUUCACACACACACACACACACACACACACACACACAAUGCAGCUUUUUUUUUUUUUUUUUUACUCUUUUAUUGUCAGUAUUAAUUCCAACUUUUUAGAUCUAUGUUGAUAUGAAGGAGAUACUUUUUCUUUCGGGGGCCAAUUUGAGUAUAGGUAUGGAGACAUUAGUGUAUAAGCUAUUAGACGGCAUGGUCAUGCUCAGAGCCCAUAAGUGCUUCAACUCGAUUAGGAAAAAUGCAUUUCUGCUCUUUUUUUUUUUUUUUUUUUGAUGUCUGAUGACCUAGAAAGUAACUACUGCAUCUGUUCACACACACACACACACACACACACACACACACACACAAAUGUCUUCAGAGAUAUGGAACGGGACUCGGUACGCAAGCUCUUCUUUCAAUGUGCUUGUCGCCUGUACAUGUGCACAUAUCUGUAGGUGAUGAUGAAGUUAACACAAAGAAGCCCGUGACUGGGUCUCGGCUCUGUUACCGAACGCGUUGCAGCUGCAGGUGUGUGUGCUUCCAUUUAGACUGCCGGAGAGUUCUCUUGUAAAAGUGUAAAUAACUGUUCAUCCAAGUGUAUGGUCUUUGUUUACAAGCAUGAGAUAGGUACUGCCACUGAGUUUCUUCUUUUUUUUCACCUUCACCUCCUUCAUUCUGCUUUUGGCUGACGGGCUUUGGUUGUUGUAGCUCUCUGUUGUACAGUGCAGAUGAAGUCCAAAGGGCCGAUGCUUAUGAAGUGGACUGCAAUAUUAUUUUGAGUCGACGAGACAGCGGGUCCUCCGACGUUAUGCAUGUAACAAGUGGAGACCGUAGACUGUGGACGGAGUCGCCUGUUGCCGGUUUGAAGCCUUGAGUUUGUCAUUCUUGUCUACGUCUCUGGUGUCAACCUGUCAAUCACCUUGUAGCCCCGCCCUAAAGCAUCCUCUGCUUUAUGGUCUGUUUGACUUUAAAUGACCAUAAUUUACUAAAUGAACAUCACGCUGUAUUGAAGAAGACUUGAAACUAGAUAUUGAGACCAAAAACUAAUGUUUACAAUGUUUACUGAGGGAAUACAUCAAGAGAAGUAGAGUCAUUUAUAUAGACUUCUAUACAACCAGAGGAGUCGCCCUCUGGUGGUCAGGAGAGAGAAUGCAGCUUUAACACAUGAAGCAUAGACUUCUAUACAACCAGAGGAGUCACCCCCUGGUGGUCAGUAGAGAGAAUGCAGCUUUAACACACGAAGUAUAGACUUCUAUACAACCAGAGGAAAAAAAUGCAGGUUUAAGAAGCUUUGGCUUAACUUUUUUAGAAAGGGAGGUUACCGCCUGGUGGAAACUGACACGCAGUCCAAAGCUGUGAACGUAGAACGUCGUCGUUUUAAAACUAGGGUUCACUGAACAAGCGUCUGUAUUUUGACGAGUUUGGGGGGAGAACGAGUCGUCUUCAAGGCUCCAAGUUCUGACGUCGACGCUCCGCUCCGGCAUGUUGGUCAUCUCAUUGUUCUCCAACCAGUAGCUGGUUUCCCAGCGGCCCUUCCAGCUGUUUCCUCCGCCAGAUGUGGGACUUUUCAGCUCCUCUCAGCCAGUAUAAUCUGCACCAGUCCCAGACCAUUAUGACCACCCCUUUCCCCUCCUCCCACUCGUGGACGAGGUUGUGAAGAGCACCAGGAAAGUGUCCUGUUUGAGUGUAUGAAUGUGUGUGUGUGUGGUUGUGUGUGUGUGUGUGUGUGUGUGUGUGUGCGUGUGUGUGUGACUGCAGAAUUAAAAGAAAUACUGUCAAGAGGUGCCACUACUAAAGAUUCAUCAAAUUGUUUAGGCUACUAAAAGAAAACGAAAAAAACAACCCACAGUCUUACUGCUCCGUCUUUUUGUAAAUAUAAAUGUGCGUUUUAUUGUAAAGAAGUGAUGUCUACGCUUUUGAAGAUGUUUAUCUCAAUGAAGAUGUGGUACAUUGAUGCAGAGUUUUAUUAUGCCGUAUUUUCUUAACGUGUGCACAGAUUUCCAACUGUUGGUUCAACUUGGGGGAGAAAAAAAAAAAGCUGCUUAUGUCUCCGUCACCAUGGUAACUUAAAUGGAAGAGAUUUACUUUGGAUAGAUUUUGGCUGAUUCAUCAUUUUUAAACAGUUCACUUGGGCUGACCGCCUCAUCCAUAAUAAAUAAUCUUUUAUUUUUUGUACUGAUAUUGCCGUGAAUAUAGAUCACAUGUGAUCAAUUUAUUAUGGAUUGAUCAUAUGUGAUCAAUAUUCAUGGCAAUAUCAGUACAAAAAAAAGAAGAAGAUUAUUUUCAAUUUCAAUCCUCCCCUAAGAGUUUUUCCUGCAUUUUGCUCCAUAUUUAUUAAACCUGAGGCUUUAGUGUUACUGUGUAAUUUUGAUGUUGUUGUCGUUGUAAAUAAAAUUGUGUAUAUUGAAUUCCCAAUGAAA